AUGGACAAGAAAAGAACUAGGAAACCCAACUGGACAGAGGAGCAGUGUUUGCUUCUGGCUCAUUUGGUCAAUGAGCACAUAACUGUUUUGAGAGGUAAAUUUGGCCCCCGUGUCACAGUACAAGCCAAGAAGCAAGCAUGGGAAACUAUAGCACAACAGGUAAAUGCAUCAUUUCCGCUGGUUGUACGGACAAGUGAGGAUUGUGAGAAGCGGUGGUAUGUGUUGCAGUCAAAAGCAAAAGAGGAGAUUGCAGCACACAAACGUCAAUGUUCACGCACAGGUAAGCAAUAUACCACUUACUUACAACUGCUGGCAAAGUUAAUUUAAAUACAUAUUUACUGUGAACAAUAUAUUGGUUACUGAAUCUCUUUUCAGGGGGUGGACCACCUGCUAAGCAGCUGUCCCAGGUUGCAGAAACGGUGUUUGAUAUACUGGGGCAGUCAGAAGUUAGUAUCACCGGGCUGAGGGAAGGCAUUGACUCUUCAAUGAUGCAGGUCAUUGAAAUGCAACAAAGGUAGGACAAAUUAGUUUUUAUAUUUAACCAGGCAGUUCAACAAAAUAUAAAGGACAGUGAUUAUUCAUUCAUUGCAUAAGCCAUUUCUCACAUCUCUUGUGGAUCCUCAUUCUACUAAAUCAAUUAAAACAAAACAAUAAUUAAACUAAAUGUAUUCCCCUUUCUGUAGCAUGGAGCCAUCAGAGGAACCGGGCCCCUCAACAUCGCAAGUGUACGACCCUCAGCCUGAAACAUCAGAGUUCAGCCUGCCUGCUGCUGCUGCUGCUGCUCAAACACCAUUUCCGCCCGCUGCACCUGCUGCUCCAACACUAUCCCUGCAGAACAGAAGAUUGUAG